UUCCGGGACUGCUUCCGGUGCUGUAGGGUAGCGGGCUGCUGGAGGUUGGUGUACUUCGCCAUGGCGGUUACCCUCAGCCUAUUGCUGGGCAGCCGAGUCCGUACUGCUGUUGCUCGCUAUGGGUUCGCGACCCGGGGGCUGGCGGGCUCAGGCCCUAUGGGCCGUGAGCCGGACCCGGAUUCCGACUGGGAGCCAGAGGAGAGGGAGUUGCAGGAGGUCGAGAGCACCCUGAAACGACAGAAAAAAGCAAUUCGAUUCCAGAAAAUUCGGAGGCAAAUGGAGGCGCCAGGUGCCCCGCCCAGAACUCUGACAUGGGAAGCCAUGGAGCAGAUACGGUAUUUACAUAAGGAAUUUGCUGAGUCCUGGUCAGUUCCCAGGUUGGCUGAAGGUUUUGAUGUCAGCACCGAUGUUAUCCGAAGGGUUUUAAAAAGUAAAUUUGUACCCACUUUGGAACAGAAACUGAAGCAGGAUCAAAAAGUUCUUAAGAAAGCUGAGUUUGCCCACUCACUCCGGCAGCUCCAGGGCUCUAGAGAUACCGUGAAGCCACUUGCUGCAGGCCACUCUGUAUCAAACUCUUUUCUGAUGCCAGGGGAUGAAGCCUCAUCUGAAGGUCAGCUUCACAGCACAGCUUUGACAGUUAUAGAGUCAAAAACUCACAGUACAAAUGCACUGAGACAAAAGGGAAGGAAUAAAGGAAUCCAGAGCUUGAAGAAGGAAACCUUUGAGCCUAUCACUGCAGCCUUAGGUCAUCAGAGAGAGCUGCAAAAAUACUCCAAUGAUUGUGUAGGCACCAGAAGAACUGACAGUAAUGGAUUGCCAAGUGAUGAGAAACUGGAAAUGUUGAAGACAGGGGAGCUACGGAACCAGAACUUCAGCAGCAAAGUAGUGCAGAGGGGACGGGAGUUCUUUGACAGCAAUGGGAACUUCCUGUACAGAAUUUGAGUUGGGGCCCGGCUUGUGGAGAUGCCAUGUGAAACAGCUAGACUAAUAUAUUUGGAGCUGCCAAGAUUUCUGCAUGUGGAUAUCUACUUUGAAAAUAGGAGGAAUUUGAUGAGCCUGGAAUAUGGACAGAAAGAGCUGCUUGGUUAUUCAAGCUUCUUGGAUCACUGCUCCCAGUCUGACCUGUGUAUCUUCAGUAUUCUCCUUUUUGCUUAACUUCUGUAUGUUGAAAAUCAGUAUUGUUUCUGUGAUACUUGCAAUAAUAUGUUUGGGAGGAAGUGAAAUGUUUGCUUUCUGACCUCAUUUCCUUCUUGAUCAUCGAACACUAACAGUUUUUGAGCUGCUUAGUAAAUUGGUUCUUUUAUUUUCCUUUGGUGCAAAAAUAAAAUGUAGCAGUUCGUGUUG